CGUACAAGUGGCAACAAUAGUGUUGUCAAACUUGAUUGAAGCAGCUGUAUUUUUACGUGUUUUCACUACAUACUUUGUAUAUUUACGAUAAUGAAAGUGUAAUGUUUAGUAACAAAGCUAAAUGUGAUAAACGAACAUGACGAGCCGUCGUUCAAUGCUAGGAUCAGCACUGGAUACGCUACCCGCCACCAUAGAUCCCCUACGGGAAUUAUUCGAGGCCUGUAAAGUAGGAGAUGUAGCAAGGGUUAAAAAACUGAUUACACCACAAUCAGUGAACGCGAGGGACACGGCUGGACGGAAAUCGACUCCUCUACACUUUGCUGCGGGUUACGGACGCAGAGAAGUGGUAGAGAUCCUUAUAGCUGGUGGUGCGGCGCUGCAGGCUCGUGAUGAGGGGGGACUGCAGCCUCUCCACAACGCGUGUUCCUUCGGCCAUGCGGACGUUGUUAGGGCUCUGCUGGCGGCCGGGGCUCCGCCGGCUGCCAGAGAUAAUUGGGGCUACACACCACUGCACGAAGCGGCUGCUAAAGGAAAAGUUGAUGUCUGCAUAGCACUUCUCCAGCACGGCGCUGAUCCGAACAUACGGAACACGGAAGGCAAGACUCCAUUGGAUCUAGCUGACCCAGCCACCAAACCGGUUCUGACAGGCGAGUACUGUGCGUCGGACGUGUUGGAAGCAGCUCGUUCAGGAGCCGAUGACCGUCUAGCGUCACUCCUGACUCCCCUCAACGUGAACGUUCACGCCAGUGAUGGCAGACGUUCCACAGCCCUGCACCUGGCAGCUGGAUAUAAUAGAGCUAGAGCUGUAAGACUUCUGCUGCAGAGAGGCGCUGAUGUCCACGCCAAGGACAAGGGAGGUCUGGUCCCGCUUCACAACGCCUGCUCCUACGGACACUACGAGGUCACUGAGCUGUUGGUGCGAGCUGGUGCUGAUGUGAAUGCUACGGACCUGUGGGCCUUCACUCCGUUACACGAGGCCGCUAGCAAGGCCCGGCUGGAGGUUUGCUCGCUGCUAUUGAGUUCGGGUGCCGAUCCGACCCUGGUCAAUUGUCACGGCAAGUCAGCCCUGGACGUGGCGCCCGGACCCCAGAUCAGAGAGAGACUAGCAUUGGAGUACCGAGGACAGUGUCUACUAGAGGCUUGCAGACUGGCUGAUCCUGCGAGGGUCAAGAAACAUCUCACAUGCAUAACACAACCUGAACUGCCUCCUCUAUGCUCUCCAUCCCCCAGCACUGAGAGGAUCGCAGAAUUAGCAAAUUUCCAUCAUCAGGCUACAGGAGAUAGACCACUACACUGUGCAGCUGCCAGUGUCUAUCCUAAGAGGAAACAGGUAAUGGAGAUGCUAAUAAGAAAAGGCGCGAGAGUCAACGAGAAGAACAAAGAGGGACAGACGCCACUACACGUAGCGACGGAGAGCUCGCACCUGGACGCCAUGGACUUGCUGUUGAGGCACGGCGCUAAAGUGAACGCCUGUGAUGGCAGAGGUGAGAGCGCGCUGGCUAUAGCCGCGAGGAGGGAUUCCCCGGCGGCGUGCCGACUGCUACUGGCCUGUGGAGCGCACGACACGGAACAUGACAACACCUGUGAUAAUGAUGAUGCAUGUACAAACGCAGCAGCUCUUCGUCUCCUAGAAGCAGCUAGGACGGGUGACGUGGAGACCGCCAGGGAUAUCCUGGACGCUCGCCCCAGACUCGUCAACUGCAGGGACGUGGACGGACGACACUCCACACCCCUCCACUUCGCAGCUGGAUACAAUAGACUGCCGCUAGCACAGCUCCUGCUGCAGAGGGGAGCUGAUGUUCACGCCAAAGACAAGGGAGGUCUGGUCCCACUUCAUAACGCCUGUUCUUACGGACACUACGAGGUCACUGAACUCCUGGUUUCGGCUGGUGCAGGUGUGAACGCCGCAGACCUCUGGAGGUUCACGCCUCUGCACGAAGCAGCUGCGAAGGGAAAGGCUGAUAUUGUACGACUCCUGUUGAAGCACGGAGCUGAUCCGACCCGGCGGAACAGAGAUGGACUGACUCCGCUGCAGCUGGUGCGGCCAGGUGAUGGGGAAACAGCUGAUGCCCUCAGAGGGGACGCCGCGCUCUUGGACGCAGCCAAGAGAGGGGAUCUGGCGAGAGCCAAAAAAUUAAUUACUCCACAAAACGUCAACUGUAGAGACGCUCACGGCAGGAAUUCGACCCCACUCCAUCUUGCUGCUGGUUAUAACAACCUGGAAGUAGCAGAGGCGCUCCUGGAGGCCGGUGCAGCUGUGUCCGCCCGUGACAAGGGUGGUCUGGUCCCACUCCACAACGCGGCGUCUUACGGCCACGUGGAGUUAGCGGCGCUCCUGCUACGGGCGGGGACUCCCCCCAACGCCGCCGAUCGCUGGGGCUUCACCCCGCUGCACGAGGCCGCUCAUAAGGCGAGGACACAGCUGUGUGCUCUACUGUUGGCACACGGAGCGGACCCGUUCCUCAAGAACCAGGAGGGUCAGACAGCGCUGGAGCUGGCCGGGGCGGACGACGUGCGCUCGCUCCUGACGGACGCCAUGACGGGAGGGGCCGGGGCCUCCGCGGGUGCGGAGCCUCACGAAGCCCCGCCCGCACCUCUACCACCCCCGCACGCGCCUGUCUUAUUACCCAGCGGUGAUACAUUGCCGUUACCACUUCCGGUCCUCUGUAGCAGCUACUGGUCCGAGGGGUCCCGCGGGUCCCUGGAGGAGGCCGCCGGCCGCCCAGCAUCAGCUCUUUCCGCUGACUCCUUGCAUGCCUUCCUAGCUAACAUUGGUCUGGAACAGCUGGCGUCUGUUCUGGAACGGGAACAGAUCACGGUGGACAUCCUGUCGGAGAUGUCCCACGAGGACCUGCGGGCCGUGGGCGUAGCGGCGUACGGUCACCGACACCGGCUGAUGAAGGCGGCGCGACAAGGAGUGCGCGGGACAGAGUGGUACGGUGGGACCACCCUGGUGGAGGUGUCUCCUAGUGGUGGGGAGUGUGUCGUCGAGGGGGAGGGGAGUGUGGAGGGAGAGUACGAGAUUCUGGAGAGGGAGAUGCAGGCCUCGGUCAGGUCGCACAGGGACCACGCGGGGGGACAGUUCACGAGAUACAAUGUAGUGCGGAUACAGAAAAUAGUGAACGGUCGCCUCUGGGAACGCUACCAGCACAGACGGCGGGAGGUGUCGGAGGAGGCGGGCAGCGCCAACGAGAGGAUGCUGUUCCAUGGGUCGCCCUUCAUCAACGCCAUCGUGCAGAAGGGAUUCGACGAGAGACACGCCUAUAUAGGCGGCAUGUUCGGCGCCGGCAUCUACUUCGCGGAGCACUCGUCCAAGAGCAACCAGUACGUGUAUGGUUUCGGGGGCGGGUCCGGCUGUGUCGCGCACAGGGACAGGAGCUGUUACGUGUGUCACAGACAGAUGCUGCUGUGCCGCGUGACCCUCGGCCGGAGCUUCAGUCUGUCCAGCGCAAUGAAGAUGGCUCACGCCCCGCCCGGCCACCACAGCGUGGCGGGGUCCCCGGCCGCCGGCGGGCUCUGCUUCCCCGAGCACGUGGUCUACCGCGGGGAACAGGCUUAUCCUGAAUACCUGAUAACGUACCAACUGGUGAGAGACGGGAGUGAGGGAGGAUGAGGGGCCUGAAUCCAGGGCCCUUCACCGACGCCCCCACCAACGAGGCCCUCGGGGGCCCAAGAUUUUAAGGAACGAAGAUCGUUAAUCGAUUAUUUAUUAAACAAAUAGUGUUUUUUUUUUUAUCGAUGCAUCGCCCGGAGGCGGACAUUUCUGUGAACCGAAAGUAUUUUCAAGUAUUAAUAGGACGUCUGUAUAUUUUUCCUUGUAUUUUUCAUUUUAAUCUCUCGUCUCCUAAGUGUCCAUAGUAUUAAAGGCCAAUCCUAUUUUAAGCUAGUAUAAAGGAAUCCUAGGAUAGAUUUUAAUUAAUAAAAUAUUAUGAAUUUAA